CAUUUUAAUAAACAAAAACCAUAAUAAGCUUAACUGAAUCAAUAAUUCAAUUAUAUCUUGCGCAACUGAGUUUCCUGUAUCCCUAAAAACUAGAGGCAGAUUUCAACAGGCAAAGAUACAUACCACAAUUGAAACUUCUAAAAUUGCUUUAAUUAAAAAAUAGCCAUACAAAGAAAUUUUUAAUUUUAAUAAAUCAAAAUGAACAUCCAUCAGCAACAUAAUCUACAUUUGCAACAAUCAUCCAAUACCACCAGCAAAAUGAACCAACAUAAUACCACCAGCAGCAAUAACACAUUAUCCACAGUUAAUACACAUACAAUAACAACAAAUAUAACAACAGGUACAACAACAAUACAAACAACAACAACGGCAGCAGCAGCGGCAGCGGCGGCAGCUGUAGGUGUGACAAGAGCUAUGAGCCCGCCAAAUAAUGCACGUAGUCCUUCACCGGAUGGUAGUCGGGACUACGAUGUGACACGUAUGAGAGAGCAAGAUUUUCAACGGCUGGCCGUCUAUAUAGUUCCAGAUGUGCAGUGCGAGCGCGGCACACCGAAUAGGGCAGAUAAAACGCUGCCACGUAGUUUAACUUUGAAGCCAUCAAUGGUUUUUUCAACGCCAAAUGUUAAGACUGAAGGAGUUUGGAGCAUCGGUGUUAUACCACGCGGCACACGUUUUGGUCCAUUUGAAGGUGUUCCAACUCCACAAUAUCCCAACGAUAAGAAUAAAGCAAGAUACUUCUGGCGGGUGCAGGGAACACGCCACAUUACCUACGGGAACAUUAAGAUCUUCAAGGAUGAUGAUUUUUACUACUUGGAUGGUUCGGAUCGUGCACAGUCUAACUGGAUGCGUUACGUAGCCUCCGCAUAUAGUCUAUCCGUCAUGAAUUUGGUUGCGUGUCAACAUCAGGAGAAUAUCUACUUCUAUACAACACGGGACAUUAGACCCAACGAAGAGCUGAUGGUCUGGUACUGCAAGGAUUUUGCUAGGCGGCUUGGCUAUGAUGUUGAUCCGGAGCGCACUAUAUUUGGCGCCUGCAAGCAUUCAGCAGAAGAAGACGAAGAUGAAGACAUGACUGAAGAGGAUAUGUUAUGCCACAAGAAACCCUCCACUUCACCAUAUGCCAUGCCUGCACCAGAAAUUCCACAUGAGGUGGCCUACAACCAUAUUACGUAUGUUAUGGGUCUACGUUUACCACCGCCUGUACCAACAGCAGCUUCAAGUAAUUCAAAUAGACCUUCAAUCACACCCAGUCCUUCCCCGCCCAUUCCCAACACAGUAUCAGCAAAUACCAGUAGCCAACAACUAACACAGCAGCAACAUAUGCAUCCGCAUAUACUGCAUAGUCAGCAGCAACGUUUACACACGCAUCAAGUCCCGCACCAAAUUCCUCACCAUCAAACCCUGCAUAAUGUCUUGCAAGAGUCGACUUCAGUUAUUGUACGUGAUCGUUCUCCAGCCAGUAGCGAUUGUGGCUCGAAAGAUGUGAAGGACACGCAGUAUGAACACCAAUUAACGCCAAACGAUGGCAGCGUACGUUCAGUGCGUUCCGAUGAAGGCUAUCAUAGUAAUGAGUACCACGAGGACAACUUGACUCCACCAGAAGAUUCCAGUGAUAGCGAAAGCGAACACAAUUACGUGUUGGACUGUUCUAAGAAGGCAAUAGCACCCAAAGAGACUGUUAUAACUCACCCACAGAAACAAACUAACAUUGUUGCAAACAACAGUGGCGUGGCAGUAACCGCUGCAGCUGCCGUCGCCGACUGCGACAAAAAUGAAUAUCGCAAAUUUAAGGUUAAAAUGCCGCUUAAAUACGAGUUCAAAAAUAGCAAAUGCAGCAUCAAGACUGAGGCGUGCCACGCCAACACUAACCUAAAUGAAUCACCAACUGAAACGGCCAACGCCACAUCAAGUGAGGAUGAUCUUUUAGGUGCGACUGAAACAACAAUCCCUUGCACUACGUCCAUAAUGAAUGAUGAGCCAAUGGCACAAGAACAUGAGCCAGCAUCGACCACACAUGGCUUGACGCAACAAGCUUCGAGUACUGUCAUUGUGCUAGAGCACAGUGCUGCGCAUCCAACACGUACCAUUAUGCCACUAAACAAGCCGUACUACGAAGCUGAAUCAACUUCACCACCGCCAACACAAGGACAAACUGCAUCACCCUACAUACGCUUUUCACCCCCUUCCUCAAGCAUACUUGAAACAAUACUGACCGGUCAGCAUCGCUUGGAAGCUGCUGCUGUUGCAGCUGCCGCUUGCCGCCAGGUAAAUUCCGCAACACCACCACCAACAUCACCGACUGAAAUGGCUUAUUCAUACAAAAAAUCACAACGCUAUGUCAAUGCAGUAAGUCCGGACUCAAGUUCGAAUCUACCGCAAGCACAUGACCAAAUCAAUGAUGCUCAUGAAACCGAGGUGAUUGUCGCAACGACACGCAUUAAAGAAACAUGUUCACCACCUCCGCAUAGCCAACAUCACGUCAUAUUCUCACCAGCUCCAGCGCAUGCCACUUACGUCAAUGAUGGACAACAAACACCACCCUAUUCCACAUACUCGCCGUACUCCAACGGCAGUACGAAUGGUGGCACAGUACACGGUUUACAUGCACCCACCUCUACGUUCCAUUCACCGCCACACAGCGCACACUCACCAUUUGAUCGUCAGUCCAGCACAUCAAGCGGUUCCAUGCCUAAUUUGCAUUUAUUGCAGAGCAGCACACAAAUGCUUAAUCAUCCAUUGAUGCAACCGCUGGCACCACUGCAGCGUUUAUCACCGCUACGCAUAUCACCACCGAGCAGUCUCAGUCCGGAUGGUAAUUCAUGUCCACGUAGUGGAAGUCCAUUAAGUCCCAACUCAUUGGGUUCACGUGGCUAUCGUUCACUGCCGUAUCCACUUAAGAAGAAGGAUGGCAAAAUGCACUAUGAAUGCAAUGUUUGCUGCAAGACAUUCGGACAGCUAAGCAAUUUAAAAGUGCAUUUACGCACACAUUCCGGUGAACGCCCAUUCAAGUGCAAUGUGUGUACUAAGAGCUUCACGCAGUUGGCACAUUUGCAGAAACACCACUUGGUGCAUACAGGCGAGAAGCCACAUCAAUGCGACAUCUGCAAGAAACGCUUCUCCUCAACGUCCAACCUAAAAACGCAUUUACGAUUGCACAGCGGACAGAAGCCGUACGCCUGCGAUCUCUGCCCACAGAAGUUUACGCAGUUCGUGCACUUGAAAUUGCAUAAGAGGCUGCAUACAAACGAUCGACCUUACGUAUGUCAGGGUUGCGAUAAAAAGUACAUCAGUGCUUCUGGUUUGCGCACACACUGGAAAACGACAAGUUGCAAACCGAAUAAUCUGGAAGAAGAGCUAGCGAUGGCUGCUGCAGCCACAUCCGAAUGUCUGGAUAAAGACUUACCAGAACCAGACUCCCGAGAGGCUUUUGAACAAAUGCAACAGCAAUUGCACCCACAUUUACGACAUAUGGGUGGACAUCAUUCGCCACCUCGUCUUAUGUCUCUGCAACAACAGGGCUCAUUGCAACAACAUCACCACCAGCAACAGCAACAACAAGCACACGCUCAUAUGCCACACGCACAACAACAACAGCAACCACAACCGCCGCAACAUGCUGCUAUGCUACAGCAACAUAUAGCGCAUUUGCCACCGCCAAACGCAGCAACUAUGCUACUGACGACUACAAAUCAAAUGCAGCAUCAACAUCAUCAUCAGCAGCAGCAACAGCAGCAGCAGCAGCAACAUCACCUGCUGCAACAACAAACACUCAAAACAGCCAAACAACAAUUGCAUCUGCACAACGGCGGCAAUGUGGUCAGCAAUAAUGCAGCCGGCAAUGAGCAAUAUAUGAGUGUUGCGCACGCGCAUUCAGCGGCCGAGAAUCGUCCUUCAGUGAUUGAGUCGAAUCAGCCAAUGAUCAUUGAGUGCACAUAGGACGAGGCAUUGGUUGAGAUCAUCGAGUGGGAGGAUGUUAUUGUUUUAUAGCUAUUGGAAUAAGUUGAGUACUCGUAUUUUCCUUAGAAGCUUUUGCCGUUUAAACAAGUGCAAUAUUUUAAAAGUAAAUUUAUUUAUUUAUGGUUAUGUUAUGGUUAUGUUGAACUGCUGAGUGCUGAGUGCCGAGUGCCGAGUGCUGAGUGCUGAGUUGAGUGUGAAAAUGAGUGCACUCAAAAGUUGAGUGGAAUUGUGAAGUUUAAUUAUGUUUUUUCUUAAGCACAAAAGCCUAGUAUAAUAAUGAAAAGUAUUACUAAAUUUAAAUUUAAAUAAAAAUUCUCAAAAAACAGCAACAAAUUUGUAUUCAAUUGGUGAAAAUGACAAAAUUUAUACACUUCAUUUCUUUUGAAACGAUCUCAAAAUUGGCAGCCAAUUAAAUUAACUGAAUUGUUUAUUUUUGAUAAGAAGUCUUAAAAAUUUAUUGUUAAAAUUUUUAUAUCUUUACAGUUGUUUGUAAAUUUUGUACCGCGCGUUUUAAACGUGGACGCUUAAUUAAAUCUUUUUAUAUUUUAAGUGAGCUAAAUGUAGUUUUUAACUUAAAUUAAUUAUGAGCUAAGUUUAUGAAAGUGCAUUUAAUUACGUUUAAUUUUGAACUACAUAUACGCAAAUGAAGAUGUUAAUAUUAUAUAUACAUAUAUGAGAAACUAAGAGAAACGAUUAGAAACGAUAAGAAACUGUGAGAAAAUUGAUUGAAAAUUGAACUUUAAAAUAUUAUAAAAAAUAAUAGUUGCCUUAAUUUAAAUUUAAUUUUAAACUUAAUUAUUUUAACAAACUAAACACAGCAAAAACUUUGAUUGCAACAUACGAGAGAAGCAAGUUUGGUUUCGUUUGCUAAAUAAAAUUUAAAUAAUUGAUAACUAAACAACAGCUAAAUACUUAAA